AGACGACCGACCUGCAUUGUAAAGCCAUAAUCAUCUUUUCAGUUAUUAUUCUAAUCGCCAGAUAGAAAAAUGAGAAGAAAUCACCCCAUGGAGCUCCCGGAUGACUUUUGGAUCCCCGUCCCUUUGGACACGAACAACAUGACUCUAUUCAGCCCUUUCCUGGUUCCCCAGGAUCACCUCGGGACCAAGGCCAUCUUUUAUUCCAUGUCGGCUUUUAUGUUCUUCAUAUUUAUCACCGGCACCACCAUCAAUGUCCUCACUAUCGCGUGCACCGCCCAACACAAGAAGCUACGGUCUCACCUCAACUACAUUCUGGUCAACUUGGCUGUGGCAAACCUGAUCGUCUCCUCCGUGGGCUCCUUCACGUGUUUUUAUUGCUUCGCCUUCCGAUACAUGGUCCUUGGGCCCCUGGGGUGCAAGAUUGAGGGAUUUACAGCAACUCUUGGGGGUAUGGUCAGCCUCUGGUCUCUGGCAGUGAUCGCUUUGGAAAGGUGGCUGGUUGUGUGCAAACCUCUUGGAAACUUUGUUUUUAGACCCAACCAUGCUAUAGCUUGCUGUGCGGCCACUUGGGUCUUUGCUUUGAUGGCUGCAGUUCCUCCACUGCUUGGAUGGAGCAGGUACAUUCCGGAGGGAAUGCAGUGCUCCUGUGGUCCGGAUUGGUACACCACCAGCAACAAGUUCAACAAUGAGUCCUAUGUGAUGUUCCUCUUCUGCUUCUGCUUCGCAGUGCCAUUCACCACUAUUGUUUUCUGCUACUCACAGUUGCUUUUUGUGCUGAAAUCUGCGGCAAAAGCCCAGGCGGAGUCUGUUUCUACCCAAAAAGCAGAGAAGGAGGUGAGCAGGAUGGUUGUCGUCAUGGUCCUGGGUUUCCUGGUGUGCUGGUUGCCCUAUGCCUCCUUUGCUGUUUGGGUUGUAAAUAACCGCGGGCAACCUUUUGACUUGAGGCUCGCCACCAUCCCGUCCUGUCUCUCCAAAGCGUCCACAGUCUACAACCCAGUUAUCUACAUCAUCCUCAAUAAACAGUUCCGCUCUUGUCUCAAGAAGAUGCUCGGGCUCAGUGGAGGUGAUGAUGAGGAAACAUCAGCAAGUCAGUCAGUCACUGAAGUCUCAAAAGUUGGACCUGCUUAAACUCUUCAUGGUGAAUGAUGUUUGCUUGCACAGUAUACAUAAUACCAAAAACAAUAUGGCACGUUGCAUGGCUUUGUCUAUAGGGGCAGAUAAAGUAACAAAAAGCAAGAAAAUGUGUAAACGAAAAACCUGAAAAAUACAGACUUUUGUUAACACAUUCGAGGUGUGUUUUAGAGAAAGACAGAGAUUGUUGUAGAAAAGGUGGGGGUCUUACUUACAUUGCAAGUUUGUUAAAAUGUGUGUAAAUGAAAGACAUGCUGUUAGUAAAUACAGCACAGCAUUAAUAUUAAAACAAACGUCUUUUAACAAAAUAAACGAUCAU